AUGGUCACCCAAAUAGUAAAUCAGGUUAUUCAGGAAGGUGUAAUCCCCAUUGACUGGUGUAGCAGCAUUAUAGUCAGCUGCUACAAGGGAAGCAGGGAUGCCUUGGAUAGAAGUAAUUGCAGAGGCAUCAAGUUGCUUGAUCAAGCCAUGAAAGUGAUAGAAAGAGUUAUAGUCCAGUUAAUUAGGGGUAGAAUCAGAUUAAAUGAAAUGCAGUUUGGCUUUGAGCCCCAGAGAAACACUAUUUAUGCCAUCUUUAUAAUCAGACAAUUUCAGGAGGAAUAUUUGACCAAGAAUAAACCAUUGUACUUGGUAUUUGUUGACUUAGAGAAAGCUUUUGGCAGAGUACUCCAUUGUGUGAUAUGGUGGUCUCUGAGGAAAUUGGGGGAAGACGAGUGGCUUGUGAAAGUUGUACAAGCCACGUACAGACGUUCUGUCAGUAAGGUGAGAAUUAACCAUGAAUAUAGCAGUGGAUUUAGUGUAGAGUUUGGCAUUCAUCAGGAGGAAGCUGAAUUGUGUGUGUCACGUCCGCUCUCCUCCUCUGAAGACUUAUUCCACAUCUAUGACAACUACAUCCGUCAUGUACAACGCAAUAUUCAAGAGCAACAGGAGGAAGGCAUUCACUGUUUCUUACUGGUGCAGUGCCGCACAGGAACUAAUGCCAAUGUGCAGCACACAAAGAAGAAGCUGGCACAACUUGUUGCACAUGCUUGCAUCUUUGACAAUUUCUGCUUCAAAUUUUUUGAUAUUGUCAGCUUUGAUGAGAAGGCAGCAAAAUAUGUUUUAGACGUGAAAGACUUUGAUGAAGAAACUGUCCUCAUUGCCCUAACAUUCCUCUAUACAGGAGUUGUGAAAUGCUCCAGCAAGCUCCUUCUUGACCUCAAGCGCUUGGCUCGUUAUCUUGGUCUAGAGGAAGUGAUCAGUAUCUGUAAUAAGUUGAUUCGGGAACAGAAGGCUUUUAUCACUGACAAGGUGAAACCAAAAAUUGAUAGAGAGCCCUACAUACAAGAAGUGUCCCCUGAAGCCGUCCUCAGUUCCAAGUCAUUGAGAAAUCUCUCCACACUCAAGUCUGAGCUUCUUCAUAAAGAUUCUCCACACACAACUUCAAAGAAAACUAAAGAGACAGGAAGGAACAAUAAAUCAAAUUCCUCUUCUGGUGGAGAAGUUUAUCACAAAUAUGAAGGAUACAUCAAGCGGUUGUGGGAUGGCUUGUGUCUUCAACAAAGGCAAAAUCGAUUCUGUAACCUAAUUCUUCAGUUUGAAGCUGGUUAUCCCAAUCUCUAUAUUCAUACGACAAUCUUUUCCAUUUUUUGUUCUAAUUUUGCUGAUCUUGCCAAAUUUGAAGAAGUAUCAGGGAAAUAUUAUAUUAAUCUCUGUGGCUAUUCCUAUGACACAACAGUAAUCUUGGUUGGAUUCCUUUAUACAGGAAUCCUGAAAUGUCCCCGCAAACUGGUUUCAGAACUUCAAGAGCUUUCCCAUCAUCUGGGGGUCAAAGAAAUCAGUAUUGUCUGUGAAGACUAUCUAAAAUCAUCAGAAUUAUUAUCGUCACACUCAUUUUCUUUCCCAUCUUCAGUUCCAUUACCAAAUUCAUCUUCAAAGAACUCAGAAGCCGAAGCACCAAGCAAGGCUAAAGUUGCAAAAAUUUCAACACAAAAUUCCUCCAAUUACAACAACAAUUCGUCUCUCUCUCUUUCCGAUUAUAUCAACAACUACCUUUGGGUAAUCAUGGGACUGCACCAAGAGAACGUUGUCUCUUCCUCCUCAUCACCAAGUCUAGAUUGCAACUCUGCUUUCUCUGCAGACUCAAAUAAUUCCGGGUCUGCUUCCAGUGUUAGUAAUCUCUCCUUUGCAACAGAGUCUGGCUCUUCAAAUGAAUCAAGGAAUUACAAAUUCCCAACCCUAAGCAAUUACCUGCAGCAAUCAAGUGUGGAAUAUGGCCAGAAUUCCAAGGUUUUUUCUAUCCUUGCAAAAACAAAGAAACAAGCUGAGACUGUUCUGCAUCCGUUGCCGUCCCUUCAACACCUUUCAAGCAGUAAUGAUUCCAACAGCAGCAGCAGUAGCAGCAAAGACAGUGGAAAGAAUUCACUGAUGAAAGUGAAACUAAGGCCAUCAAAAACUGAUGCUUGUCUUCAGGAUCGCAAAAAAAUUUACCGAGAUGUUAUUUAUGUGAAUAAAGAUGGGAGUCAGGUUAAAGGUAAGAAAGUGGCUUGUUAUGAAGACUCACUGCCUUUACCAAAGCGCAAAGCUGCCCGUCCACAGAAAGUCCCAAAAAGCAGUGUCGAGAUUGAUUUAGAUGAGAUAGGAAUUGUCUCGGCAGACACAUAUGACGGAGGAUAUCGACGCAAGCGACGAGCUGUACAGUGUCCUAAAUGUCCAAGAUCUUUUGCUGAUGAAAAGGCUCUUUUAAAGCACUUAAAUUCACAUGAGCAAGGUGUAAUUCAUAAAUGUCAUGUUUGUGGCAUGAAUUAUGCCCGCUUGUGUGAUUACACUCGCCACAUCCGGGUACAUACAGCAGAGAAUCAGUACACCUGCAGCUACUGCAAUAAAGUCUCUCAGACACAACGUGAUUUCAUAGAACAUAACAAAAGUGAGCACCAGGACAAUCGUCCAUUUAAAUGCGAUGCUUCAGGGUGUACUUUCCAAGCGGCCAAACUGGCCUACCUCACAGACCAUCGUCACAUUCACAGUGAUGUGAAAGGUUUCAUCUGUAAUAAAUGUGGCCGUACGUUUUCUCAGGCUGGUGGACUGCACAGUCACAUAAAGAGCUGUUAUCAAAUGCAAGGUUACUUGUGUGAUCUUUGUGGUCAGACUUUCAACCACUUGGGUUCAAUGAAAUCCCACAGACGUAUACACCUCGGUGAGAAACCUCAUGCUUGUUCAGAUUGUGGUGCAAGAUUUAGUGACCAUCGAAAUCUGCGACGACAUAAGCGAAUCCACGAAAAUUCCUUCCCAUAUCCAUGUACUCACUGUGACAAACGUUUCCGUCAUUCAAACUCUUUAAAAGCCCAUCUACGUCACCAUGGGGUCAAUGUAGGUGGCACUAGUGUAACUGUCCUUAUACAAGGAAAUGACUGCAAUUACCUUGACCCUGAAGAAUUCCCUAUGUGUCCCUCACCUGCAAGUUCAGAAUUUCAAGACUUGGCAGAAAUUAAUUAACACCAUUUUGGAAUUGGUGUCUCUGAUGUAGUAAUUGUUUAUUUUGGUGAAAGCUAUUGUUUCUAAAUCUGUGUCAAGUGUUUCUAACGUGAAAAUUGUUGACCUUUUCAUCUUCUAUAUUUUAUGGUUUGGUUAGCAACAGUGGUCAGUGGCACAGUUACUGGCAGGAAAUAUUUCUGAAGAGAUCCCUCAGGAAUGAGAUUCACACCCAGCUUUCAUCUGAUCUUAAAAUCAACUUACUACACAAUACAUACUCAUAUAUAAAUAUCUAUAUAAACACACACACACAUGCACACAAAAAACACAAGAUAUGUACACACAUAAUUAUAAGAGCAAUUUAAGAAGCUGGUUUUGAGAGGAGCUUACUACAAAGAUCUUCAAACCAUUUUGGUUUCUGUAAGAAAUGAAGAAAAGUUUAUUAGAAUUUCUUUCUUUUUUUUUUUCCCCCACCCAUCUUUUCAAGCCUGAUCACCACCACAAGACAAGCCUGGUCCCUUUUUUUUUUGUUUUGUUUUGACUAAAUCCAGGUUUCCUAUGAAACAAGAUUUUAUUAGCUCCCCAGCUCCCUUCCAAAUCACCCCCUCCCCACACAGGAACAAGGUUUCAUUGUGAAAAUUCAAAGAAAACACAAUGAGAAAACAAAAGAAACCAAACAUUUUAUUCUGUAGAUCCAUAAUGGAGAAAGAAGGGAGUGGGGCUUUUUUACACUUUUUUUUGUUUUCUCUUCUUGCUUGUCUUGUCUUUAUUGUUGAUGAAUUUACAUAUAUAUGUAUAUAUGUAUGUAUAUGUAAAUUAUAUAUAUAUAUACACACACACACAUGCAUGCACACACACAUACACACACAUA